GCGCCCCGCAGCUCAGGAGCGAGCGAGCGGCGAGCGGAGGCAGAGCGCAGCCCUCCCGUCGCGCGCGAUGCUGCCCUGGACGGUGCUCGGCCUGGCCCUGAGCCUGCGGCUGGCGCGGAGCGGCGCGGAGCGUGGCCCCCCGACAUCCGCCCCCCAGGGGGACCUGCUGUUUCUGUUGGACAGCUCGGCCAGCGUGUCUCAUUAUGAGUUUUCCCGAGUUCGGGAGUUUUUGGGGCGGCUGGCAGCCCUGCUGCCCCUGGGCCCUGGGGCCCUGCGUGCCAGCCUGGUGCAUGUGGGCAGCCGGCCACACACCGAGUUCCCCUUCGGCCAGCACAGCUCCGGCUCGGCCGUCCAGGAUGCCAUACGCGCUGCAGUCCAGCGCAUGGGUGACACCAACACUGGCCUGGCGCUGGCAUACGCCAAGGAGCAGCUGUUUGCCAAGGAGGCGGGGGCCCGGCCAGGGGUGCCCAAGGUGCUGGUGUGGGUGACAGACGGCGGCUCCAGCGACCCCGUGGGGCCCCCCAUGCAGGAGCUGAAGGACCUGGGCGCCACUGUCUUCAUCGUCAGCACCGGCCGCGGCAACCUCCUGGAGCUGUCGGCCGCCGCCUCGGCCCCCGCCGAGAAGCACCUGCACUUCGUGGACGUGGAUGACCUGCACAUUAUCACCCCCGAGCUGAGGGCCUCCAUUCUCGAUGCGAUGUGGCCGCAGCAGCUCCGGGCCUCUGAGAUCACGUCCAGCGGCUUCCGUCUGGCCUGGCCGCCCCUACUGACCACCGACUCCGGCUACUACGUGCUGGAGCUGGCGCCCAGCGCCGAGCCGAGGACCGCGCGCCGCCAGCAGCUGCCAGGGAACGCCACGGGCUGGACCUGGGCCGGCCUCGACCCCGACACGGACUACGACGUGGCGCUGCUGCCGGAGUCCAACGUGCGGCUCUUGGGGCCCCAGCGCCUGCGGGUGCGCACGCUGCCAGGUCAGGCGGGGCGCCGGGGGCGUGGGCCCGGGAGGGCGGCGGGCGCUGCCCGCUCCUGCUCGCUCACGGGCGCUUCCCCCGCAGAGGAGACCGGGCCGGAGCGCAUCGUCGUCUCGCACGCCAGGCCGCGCAGUCUGCGCGUGAGCUGGGCCCCGGCGCUGGGUCCGGCCGCCGCGCUCGGCUACCACGUGCAGGUCGGGCCCCUGCUGGGCGGCGCGGCGCAGCGCGUGGAGGUGCCCGCGGGCCGCAACAGCACCACGCUGCAGGGCCUGGCUCCCGGCACCGCCUACCUGGUGACCGUGACGGCCUCCUUCCGCUCGGGCCGCGAGAGGGCGCUGUCGGCCAAGGCCUGCACGCCCGACGGCGAGCGCAGCCGCGCCCUGCGCCCCCCGCCGCCGGGGGCCGGGGGCCGGGAGCCGUGAGCCUGCCGCGCCCGCGCACCCGAGGGCCCCCUUCUCCCGAGCCCGGUGGGGGAGGCGCCCGCCGCCGAAACCGCAGUCUUGGGAUGCUGGCCGGCCUUUGGCCCGCGGGACCCCCGCGGCAGGAGGGCGCCCUGCUCCAGCGUCUGCCCUCGCCUGAUUGUCCGCUGCCGCUCAGGCGGCAGCGCAUGUCGUCGCGACCCCCAUCCCCUGCCUGGCCCGGAGCGGGGCGCUCGGUGGCGUCCUUUGAGCAGGAUUUAGCGGGGAGAUGGACAAGGAGUCAGGGGCCCGAUGAGCACUCAGACCCUGGAGGGCUCUGGGCCCAGGACUGCAGGGCCUCUGGGCAGCCCGGCCUCCUACUUGUGUUAAGGGCCAGAACCUCUGGUGGCAAAGUCUAGCAUCCGUUUGAGGGAGUGUGGUCUAGGUGGCAGCUCUGAGUCCCCAUGGGCCACUCAGGUCCUGGAUGUUGAUAGGUGGAUGGGGGAGGGAAGGAGCUGGCUCUGGUCAGGUCCACGGCCUCCUGGAGGGGACAGGGUCUGGAAAGGGGAGGGAGGAGCGAGGGCAGUGGGCAGCAGCCAGGUGGGCUGCAGAGGCUGUCUUCGCCAGGACGCGCAGGUGGCGUGGGGCAGUGUUUGCUGGGAAGUGGCCCUGCCUUCCUAGCCCAGAUGGCCACCGGGACACAGAGGGCACCUUUGGGGAGGACUCUGGAGAUCGGAAGGCGUGAAGGCCAGCACUCGCAAGGAGCCGUCCCCGCUUCUGGGUGGAGAGCUUCUGUGGUGGGGACAGUGACCAACAGGGUUCCUUCCCCUGGGGGCUGCACUCCGGCACGUCUCUGCAGCGUCUCCUGAUCACAGCUCCUGUCCCUCGUCACCAUCCGGGGGCCACCAGACAAGUCCAAGGACAGGCAGCAUUGCUCCCCCUCAGGCCUGCCAGGCGCCUCCUCUGCCUGCACUGAGCGCUCACCGUGCCCCUUCCCACUAACACCCACUGACCACACAGUAAAUUGGAUGUAAACAGCG